AUGGGACUCUUCAUGCACAUCACCCUCUGUUGCCUUGGAGUUUUGAUCACCAAUUAUUUUUUGGGAGUCAAGGCUGAGACAUGCUCCACAGGCUGGUUAAAGAAACAGAGAACCUGCUAUGGAUAUUUUAAUGAAGAAUUGAGUUGGCAUGAAGCUGAGACUAAGUGCCAGAGCUACAACAAGGGUUGUCAUCUCGCCUCUCUUCUCAACAACCAAGAGUCCAAGUUAGUGGCUCAAUACAUCAAAAACAAACAGAACAGUGGUAGCUCAGUCUGGAUAGGCCUCAGUGACGAAAAUGAGAAAAGGCAAUGGCAAUGGGCUGAUGGGUCUACCUUCAGUUACGAUAAGUGGAAUGCAGGCGAGCCAAAUAACAAAUAUGAGGAGUACUGUGUGGAGCUGACAUCUGAUACUAAUUUUAGAAAGUGGAAUGAUUUGUCCUGUGACCGGUUGAAUGCCUACAUCUGUAAGUGCCAGAUGUAG